GUGUGGUAUCUGCCUUUAGAAUAGCACAAGAAUGGAUCAAUCUCAGUCCUUUUCAGAAACCUAAACGUCUGCUUUACUCAUCUCGGUGAAUUAAAAAAAAUCGAAUAAAAAAGAAAACCACAUAGGCUUUAAAUACAGACUGACACAUCACAGCAAGAGGUGAACAUGGGGACAGAUUCAACCUACAACUUUGUCUUCAAAGUGGUAUUAAUUGGAGAAUCAGGGGUUGGAAAGAGCAACCUGCUGACACGAUUUACUAAAAAUGAGUUCAAUCAAGACAGCCGCACAACCAUUGGGGUGGAAUUUAGCACCCGGUCCAUUCAAGUGGAUACUAUUACCAUCAAGGCCCAGAUCUGGGACACAGCAGGUCUAGAGCGCUACAGGUCCAUUACCUCAGCGUAUUAUAGGGGGGCAGUUGGUGCCCUGCUUGUUUAUGACAUCACCAAACACCUAACGUAUGAAAAUGUCGAGCGAUGGCUAAAGGAACUCUAUAACCAUGCUGAUCCUCAUAUCGUGGUCAUGCUUGUGGGAAAUAAAAGUGACCUGGAUACUCUACGCACUGUACCAAGAAAGGCGGCCAAGGACUUUGCAGAGAGCAAAGGCUUACUUUACAUGGAGACGUCAGCACUAGAGUCAACUAAUGUUGAAUCUGCCUUCCUUGAAGUUCUAACAGCAAUCCAUAUGAAGGUUGCGAGUCGAGAAGUCACUCGAGGCUCUAUCAGCGCUGUGACACUGGGUCAUAUGGGCCCCAACAAUGAGUUUAAAGAGGAGAAAAAGACCUGCUGUUAGAACUCAUGACAGAUGAAUGAACAUCUAUGCAGUCACAAAGCCAUCAUGAGCAGAUACAGACUCACAUGAGAUUCACAUGUCAUACCUGCACUGAUGCAUUUCAACAGACUUGACCCUCACUGGAUGUCAUAUCAGUGAGAGAAAGAGGGGAGGAGUCAAUGUUUUUGAGGUUAUUGUUUUGUGGCUUGUUUUUUUACUUUUAGAUGUAAACGAUUGGCACUAAUAAUGAAAAACUUUGUGAUUUGUUUAGUCUUAAUUAUUCAUUUAUAGAGAGAAAUACAAAGAUGUUGUGUUGUACUGUGUCAAAUGUUGUUAUUGCUCAAUAUAACAACAUCUCAUUAUGUUUGACAUUAUUAUAUUAUGCUUUCCUAUAACUGCAACAUAAAAGUAUUUAUUUGGUAUUGAAAUG